AGAUUCCUCUUCCGGGGCGCGCGGCGGCAGCGCAGCCCGCAAGGUGACACGGUACCACCAUGGGCAUCCACUUCGGGAACCUGGCCCGGGUGCGCCACAUCAUCACCUACAGCCUGUCGCCUUUCGAGCAGCGAGCGAUGCCCAACGUCUUCUCGGACGGGCUGCCCAACGUGUGGCGGCGGUUCAGCUCGCAGGUCUUCAAGGUUGCACCCCCCUUCGUGGGCGCCUACCUCCUCUACUCCUGGGGCACACAAGAGUUUGAGAGGCUGAAGAGGAAGAACCCUGCUGACUAUGAGAACGACCAGUGACUGCAUCUCUAAGACGUUACCACUCUGUAGCACCAACGGCUUGUUGCUGUGCUUGUUCAUGUAACCAGAGGGACGGGGAGAUAAUAUAUCAUAAUGCCUAAUAAACUUUAACUUUGUCCCAUGUCUUUAUAUGAA